GCAGGGCUGAGCAACACGUCACAUGGGAAUUGCAAACCACAAAUUAUGUGGUCUGGCUUGAUGAUCAACGGAGUAGACACACUGUCAAUCGAUCACACACAAUAGAGGGGACCUGAAUGUUUUGAGAGAAAACAAAGCUAUUUCAACUGACGAAGAUAUCUCGUACAAAGCUCAAAAUGGACUCGCCACAAGACAGCCUUAACCUUGAUAUGAAAUCAGUACAGAUAUCAGAGGCACCCAACUCAAAAGAUCAUCUCGAUGCCUUGUUUGAAGUACUCGUGUCGCGACAGGACCAGCCCAAAACACAGCCCAUGAUCGACAGAAAACUACCCAGGUCAUUCUACGACGCCAGUGCCCCCGACAAGCUCGCAGGGAUCCGUCUGGGCCCCAGUAUCAAUGUAGGCCCGCCCCCAGGGCCUAAUGAACACUUGAGAUCAUUCUCCAUGCCUGCUAGAAUGGACCACAGUCGGCAGUUCUCGGAAGGAUCCCUCGGGCCAAUACCGUCCGGGUGGGAGGCAGCCAAGACCCCUGACGGAAUCAGUUACUUUAUCGAUCACAACACGCGGACUACAACUUGGGAAGACCCCCGCAAGGGGGGCCGAGGGGGGCGACCGUCGAUUCAAAUGCCCCCCGGACACCCCCUCCCCCCAAUGCCUCCCUACACACAUCAGAACCAAUCACAACACAUGCAGCAUCAGUUUCAUCAACAGCAACAACCACUCGAAGCUUCCCCUCUACCCGACGGUUGGCAAAAAGCAUUCACGGCCGAAGGAGAAAUCUAUUAUGUCAAUCACAAGAAUCGCACAACGAGUUGGUUCCACCCCUCACUCCCCCAACACCAUCACUCUCACUCGUACGCCCCGGGCAUGUCCAGAGGCCUUCCAAUGCCUCCGUACACUGGCUACCCACAGCCCAACUCACUUGUACCGCACCCUCGACAGUUCGACAUUCAGUAUCAACAGAACAUGGCCGCAGGGGGAAACGAACCUCCCCGCGUCCCGGCCACUCUCUACAGUGACCCUUACCUCUCCAGCAGUCACGUUCGACAGGCGUCUCACGAUUCUGCUCUACACGUUCGACAAGCCUCACACGAUUCUGGCCUGGGGGCACCUGGCCUUCCGUAUCAGUCCGAGGCAAUGGAGUUUGACGAAGGAAUGGAUGUUUCAGCGAGUGUACAAUCGUCCAAGUCGAGUUUCAGCGGUCACGUUCCCCCGAACCGUACGGUUGAGUAUGAAGGCAUGAACUCACUGGGUGUGGACACUGGACUACCUGAGUCACAGCAUAUGAUGUCUAAUGAACAACCAAUGCACGAGCAAUUGGAGGGAGACCUGGAACGUUUGGCUUGGGUGUAGCUAAAAUAUCCCCCUACCCACCCACCCACCACCCUUUUUAGUUUAGCUAUGAUGGUUUGAACAUGACUUGUAUGAUGUUUGUACAAUUCGUACGCGUACGUAUAGUUUUUGUUUUUUGCAUAGAAUAGAUCCACUUUACAAUUGUACGCUUCAAACACUAUUUUUGUGAUCACAUUUUCAACUGUUGCCCUUAUUUUGUUGUACUUGAACAAUCUUCAAUUUUAUUGUUGUGUACGUAUAUAUACAUGUAUAAUUAUUAUAAUUAUGAUGUACAUAAUGUU